AAAAUAGUGGGUCAUAAUUUCUGUUAAUUUUCAACACAAUUCUCUUUCCGUCGCCUUAUGUCUUUUCUGCUUUUCCUUUCUUUAUCUUUCUGUUUAUCUUUCUAUCUCUAUCUCUAAAAGACACAGAAAUGCGGUAAUUUAUAUUACAAUCAUUAAUUUAGUUAAUUACCCAUUUCUUUUUCCAGGAAAAAUACGAUCCAAUUGAUUGUUGUAAGAUUUGGGUUUAACAAAUUACCAAUUUUUCUAAGUGGGUGUAAGAUAGAUUUAGGGUUUUUCCCAAUCUUGUUGUUCUACCAAAGUUUUACCUUUUGAUUAAAACAGUCAAAAAGGAAUAAUCUUUUUUAAUGUAUAUUAUAAUUAGUUAGUUCUAUGUAUAGCAAGUUCUGCAAAGUUGAUUAAUUCAUUUUUUGUAAGUAGGAAUUACUUCUAUUUUUUAGAUUCAGUUUAUUUUUCUGAUCAUUUCUGGGUUGUUAGGAGUUGAAAAUCUGAGUUCUGGUUGAGUUGGGUGUAAAUCUAACUCCCAAACAAAUUAAUUUUUGUUGAAAUUUUGGGGGUGCAGCAGUAUCCAUAAGAAAAAGAGAUGGAUCGAAUAGUUGGUGGGAAAUUUAAGAUGGGAAGGAAAAUUGGGAGUGGAUCAUUUGGGGAGCUUUUUUUAGGGGUCAGUGUUCAAACUGGAGAAGAAGUGGCCAUUAAAAUGGAAUCUGCGAAGACUAAGCAUCCCCAGCUACACUAUGAAUCGAAGGUGUAUAUGCUGCUUCAAGGAGGAACCGGAGUGCCCCACCUAAAAUGGUUUGGAGUUGAAGGUGAACAUAAUGUAAUGGUGAUUGAUCUUCUGGGACCGAGCUUGGAAGACCUAUUCAAUUACUGUAAUAGAAAGUUUUCCCUGAAAACGGUACUGAUGCUCGCUGAUCAGUUGAUUAAUAGAGUUGAGUACAUGCAUUCACGAGGCUUCCUUCACCGUGAUAUAAAACCCGAUAAUUUUUUAAUGGGCCUUGGUCGUAAGGCUAAUCAGGUUUAUAUCAUUGAUUAUGGUUUAGCUAAGAAGUUCAGGGAUCUGAAAACUCAUAAGCAUAUACCAUAUAGGGAGAACAAGAGCCUUACCGGUACCGCACGUUAUGCUAGUGUCCAUACUCAUCGUGGAAUAGAACAAAGCAGACGAGAUGAUCUUGAAUCACUGGGAUAUGUUCUAAUGUAUUUCCUCCGCGGAAGUCUUCCUUGGCAAGGGCUAAAAGCCAAUACUAAGAAACAAAAAUAUGAUAAAAUCAGUGAAAAGAAGAUGAUGACUCCAAUAGAGGUGCUUUGCAAAUCAUACCCAUCAGAAUUUGUAUCAUAUUUCCACUACUGCAGAUCAUUGCACUUUGAAGAUAAGCCUGAUUAUUCGUAUCUGAAGAGGCUAUUCAGAGACUUAUUUAUUCGUGAAGGUUAUCAAUUCGACUAUGUAUUAGACUGGACCAUGAUGAAGUACCCCCAAAUCGGUGGUAGCUCUAGAACACGGUAUCCUGGUCCGAAGCCAGCUGUAAAUGCCGGACCAUCUGCAGAAAAACCAGAAAGGACUUCAGUGGGUCGUGAGAUUCGAGACAGACUUACUGGUGCAGUGGAGGCCAUUUCCCGCCGAAAUGCUUUAGGUUCUGGUGAUCACUCCAAGCAAAGGAGCUCACAAGAUGUAGCCACGUCACGAGACAUGCAAAGAGACUCUGAGAAGGUAAACCUUUCCCGAGUUAGCAGUUCUUCUAGACGGGCCACUGCCGUCUCAAGCAACAGGCCAACCACCUCUGGUGACCUUGGGGAGACUCGAGCAAGUCGACUAACCAACGGGGUCCAUCGUCAUUCCUCGAAUGUACAAAAGCUAUUCUAUGGAACAGAAUCCAGGCCAACUUCACGAACACGUGCAUCUGCAUCACGAGGAAUUCGUGAUGACCAUAUUCGUAGUUUUGAAUUGCUCUCUCUCAGAAAAUAGGAAGGGCAAUAACAGUUCAUUAAGACAGAUCUUGCAAGCCAAACGGGUAAUUGCAUUUUCUUAAAUCUCUAUCCGGAUGGGAUCAACUGAUUGUAUUCAUAUCACCAUAUUUUUCAUUGUAUUUUCAUCUUCCCACGUCGUUUUUCUUUAAUCGUGAUUAAAGAAUUUUUUGACCAAUUUGAUAGAACGAUAAGUGUACCUAAUCAAAACGAUGGAUAUGUAUAAUCUUUUAUCA